AUGUCACUUGAAUUUUAUUCAACUCAAGAUGUGACAUAUUUCAAACAAACGAAUGAGAAUGUGUACGACAUAUGGAAUACAACUGCUGGUAGUGAUAGUAUAUAUGCAGUAUCUGGUUAUUUCGUUGGUUCGUAUUGGCCAGGGCAACCAGCACAAGCCGCAUUUGAUGGCAAUUUAACUACAGUAGCUUGCAAUUACGGAGCAUGCAGUUACGGUUCUGCAUCACAGACAUGUGGAGAAAACACUGGUUUUUAUCUGACAGUGAAUAGUGGGCCAAAAGUUCUUACAGGAUUCUAUAUGGGUUCAGCUUCGGAGUCAUGGACUCGAGUGCGUGAUCCAAUAACAAUUACUAUUGAGGGCAGCAAUUCAAAUGGAUUGGCUCUUACACUUGGCUCCAGCUGGACUUUGAUGUAUAAUGGUUCUGCAGGGUUCGUGACGGAUCCUGGACGAUCAGCUUGGGGCACAUUGCAGUUAAUUCCAUAUCCUUCAAUCGCAUUUGCAAGCUAUCGUCUACUUGUCACAUCAAAAGAAGGUAUUGAGAGUUGUGCAUCAUAUAGUGAAAUUCUGUUUUUUAUGUAUUAG